UCUCUAGGGGCUUGUGUUGCCUGGCUUGGAAUAUGGGGAGUUCAGAGCACUCCUCGUGCUCAGAGAGGGGGAGAUGGCUGAUCUGCAGGGGAUGCUGCACAGAAAGGGGGGGGGGCAGCCAGAUCUGGAGCUUGUCCCUGCUAUAACCUGUCUGUGCCCGAAGGCUCCUCUGGGCGUGUUGAAAUUAACCUGCCCAAGAAUACAUCUCUUUUGUGUAAGAUGCCAACCACCAUCAUGGCUGCCCCCUCCAACACUGCUUGUGACCCCAUCCUGGUGUUCAGGAGUAAAGGAAAGCGGAACUACUACAACAGCACGUACCAGGGACGGAUCACUCUAUCAGACUGGCUCCUCGUUUCUGUGAAGAACGCAAGUGAAUGGAUGGCCGGAGAAUACCAAGUCGUUAGUGACCUUCAUGAAACCUGCAUGGCUCGUAUCAAUCUGACGGUGCCUGGUCCUGUCUUGUUCCCACCACCUAUAUCGGAGACUCCCACUGUCAGAGAGGGGACUGCCAAUCAGACUAGAGAGGGAAGUAGACGAGGGUUGCUUUCCAAUGGCUCUCUGGAGGGGGAGCCAAGGGGCCGCUGUGGCAUGUGGGUAUCACCGGGGUUCGUUGCUGCUUUUAUUGCUGCUGCACUUUAUGUCCGCUGGAAACGUGGGAGAGAAGGACCAGAAACCCAUCGUGGUUGCGAAGAGGAAGGGAUCAUGGACUCAGCAGACUCACCCGUUUGCGUGCUGGCCCGUGUCUCACAUCUGCACAAGGCUGGAACCCAAGACAUAGAGGCUGGUGAGGAGAUCCCAUUGAAUGGAGAGGUGGCGACUGAGCCCCGGGAAUUGAGCUGGCUGCCCCCACACAGCCGAGAGGCAGCACUUUAAUAGCGUUGAAUGGCCGAGGUGCGGGCACCUCCUGUCUGUGUUGCACAGCUACGAUCAUUGCACUAUCCUGGAUGUGACCUCUUCCCAUGUGAGGCCAGGGAUGCCCUUGCACUUAAAGCUCUGGGCUGGGACUUGGGAGACCUGGGUCUUCCACCAACUCCCUGUCUAAGGGUGA